GGUUUCUCCUUCGGAAUUAGUUGUAGACUAGGGUACUCCGCGACGGCUGUGCAUUGUAGUCAAUGCGCAUUAAACCCGUUGAUUGUAACAUAUCAUGGUCCAAAAAAGGAAGACUUUAGCCGUAGCUUUCCUUCUGAAUUCGGCUUACUCCGAAUUCAGUUUCUUUGUCGGACAAACAAAUCAAUGUGAACAGCUUACAAUAAAUUAUAGAGGGAACUGGACUGCACCUAUUUCAUAUCUUCUUGUCCCAUCUAAUGCGGAAGCGUCUAAUACUCCUGAUCUGAUAGCGGACUAUAAUCGUGAUUAUGAUUCUGAUCAAAUCAUACUACCAUCUCUAGGCUUCCCUGAGGGCACGGAGUUCACUAUUACACUUAGUGAUGCAAGCGGUUUCGGUAGUGCAGGUACAUCUUCUAUACUGAAAACUGGGCAAGGGAAUUCUAAUAGCUGUCUUUAUGAUUCUCCAGCCAGUUGGACUUUCUAUAACGAUCCAGAGGAAGCAAAAACAUGCGAAUGGAUGGAAUUCGGUAUUGCCCAGAAAAACAACACUAUACCAUACUCUUACUAUGCAAUCAGCCCUGGGACUAUGCCGCGUACGAUAAGGAAGAAUUUGACCUCGAAUAAUGAAACUGUCGCGUAUCAAAUAACAGAGCCCGUAGGAACUCAAUUAGUGUUUGUGGCAUUAGAGGAGGAAUCGUCACAGUACAAUCACGGCGGAAGUUCACCAAAUCAAGUGGUUUCAAGGGGAAAGGAUACUAGUUGCAGUAGUCCACCAAAGCCUUCACCGAGAUAUUCAGAUUAUGCCAAAGAGGAUCUCAAAGAAAGAGCACAGAAAACCAGAAAAAUAGUAGCUGGUAGUGUUGUUGGUGGUGUGGCUUUAUGGGGGGCAGUAGCUGUCGGUAUAUUCUUCUACAUAAGACGCUACAAAAGGAGAAUAUAUGUAUCUAACGCAAAAGAAGUCGAAAUUGGACAAAAGCCUGAGAGCGCGGACAUAGACGAGUUUGAACCUGAACCUUACGUUCAUAAUGAUAGUACCACAUCUCCCACAAAUUACCAGCUUCUAAGACAGCCUAUUUCCCCUACGACAGGAUCAACAACUCCCUCAAAAUUCACCUCAUCUAGUAUGGUGCGUAAUUGUGUUUAUCAUGAAGAUGCUGGUUCUUUCCAUGAAGAAGAUCAGCAUAUACCUCCACCGUAUGCAGAUCGCUAGUAAUAGCUGUUAUAAUAAUUAAUUGUGUAAUAUGGCUUCUGUAAAAGUUUCAUUCCCUUCUAUUUAAU